AAAUAUUGUUGCAGUCGGAAAAAAAUUCUAGUCUCUAGUCAGACUUGGCCAAGGUAAGUCGAAAUCAGGCUGCAUCGAAAUAUUUUGGUUUGGAAAAUCAUAUUUUCUAAUGAUGAAAUUUGAUGAAUUUUGAAAUAAAACAAAAAAAAGAGUUUAAAGUGGAAAAUGGAAUUUGUUUGAAUCGAAGAAGAAAAACGUUAGUGGAGUGCUGGAGGACCAUUCAUGAAUUCGAACAGAAAAUGUCUAGUGUUUUGACUGUUUAGAUUUGAAUCGAAAUAGUGACGAUAAAUUAUAAGAUAGAAAUUUUCAAAGUUUGUUCAGAAAGCAUGACUGAAAGGAGUGAUUUUUAAAAGAAAUUUGAUUGUUGUUCAGUGGUGAAAUUAACACGGCUAUUUUAUCUAAGGAUUACGGAGACAACUGAGACGAGAACACAUCAGACAAUCUUUAGUGAGUGAGAUAAGAUCCUUUUCCACAUUCGGAACGGCAAUUUUUGAAUGAACUGUGUCACAAACCGAAUGCCGCCAUGAAGGGUGGAUAAUAGAGGCAUAUCACUUACAUUUACCGGUACAGUUAAAAGCAGCUUUUGUAAGUCACUGAACACAAACAACUCGCAACCACAUCAUUACUAUUCAAAAUUUCUAUACUGCCACGGCAACAAUUGAGGUUACCACCCGUGUGAAAUUUCGCCUACAUAAAAUAUAGAGCUAGUAGCAUUCUAAUCGAAAACCGAAACAACCGCAAGCCUAGCGCGGAGAAAGCACUCUCGCUAGUGCAUCGUACGUCUUUUUUUUGGAUCUACACAUAAUCGGAAAUUAAGAGAAUACCAUCAGCAGUCGAAAACCGAGCAUACCACCGACACGUACACGUACGAAUUCAUGCGUUCCACACAACAAAGGCGCACUAAUUGAAUCAACUUCAAAUGACUAUAUUAACCAACGACAAAUUGUUUGAUGUAAACAAUCAAAAUAAUAACCCGACAAAAUGUCAUUAAUAUUGUUGCAUCGUUUAGAGUUUCCAAUUAAAGUUGAUGUCCUGCUGCUCAUUACAGUUACAACACUGCUACUGCUCAAUCUACCAGCGACAUUAUCAACGGUACCGGAAAGCUCUCGAGACUUUCCAAUUUACAGUGACUUGAGCGACAGCAAUGGAUAUGAUAAUGUACACAGCGUAUAUCACAGCGAGGAUACAUUAUACAGAAAUGAGAAUGUACGAUGGCGGAAAAUGGCGCCGAGGGAAAUGGAAAGACGUGUCAAACGGAAUGCAAAUGUAGAAUCAUUAUUACCAAUUGUUGCAGUAAAUAGUACAAAUAAAGCAAAGUUCGAUUUCUCCCAUCGAGGAAUUGAAAAAUUAAAUUUUAGUGAAUUAGGCGUAGCGGACGAAACAAUUCUGAGUGAUAUAGUGAUAGGGAAUUUUUCCAAUAAUAAAUUAAAUGAAAUUAGUCAUAGUGUCGAACGGGUGUUGAUAAAUGUGGAACGGUUGGAUGUAUCGUACAACGAUAUAUUAACAUUUGACAGUGCAUUCAGUAAAUUGAAUUGGUUAAAUUUGUCGAAUAAUCGGUUAGAGCAUUUCGCCAGUGAACACAUACCGAAUCUAAGAACUUUAGAUUUAUCGAGCAAUAGCUUCGACAACACAGAAUCGAUAAAUUUUCGUUAUUUCCGUGACCUAGAAGUGGUUGAUUUAUCGUGUAAUAACUUAAAAGAAUUGCACCGAACUUUAUUUCAAAAUACGACCAAUUUGAAAGUGGUAAAUUUAUCGGGUAAUCAUUUAAAAAGGAUUUUGAAAAAUUAUUUUUUUACAUUGGUGAACAUUGAAACACUGGUGCUGGCCAGCAAUGACAUAUCGGAUAUUGAAAAUGACACAUUCGCGUAUUUGCCAAAUUUACAAUACUUAGAUUUAUCGCACAAUGAUAUUGAUGCCGGCUCGAUACGGACGCUGCAAGGUAUCGAUUUGGUCGGUCUAUCGGUCGCAUACAAUCCACGACUGGGCAGUGCAUUGCAAGGAUUUGUUGCGUCGUGGAGUUUAAAAGAGCUGGAUGCAAGCGGAACUGGUCUGUGCCAAAUACCUGCUGCAUUGGCACAAUCCGUGCAUACAUUAAGCAUUGCAGAUAAUCAUUUCCAGAUCAUCAGGUGCGGUGACUUGGACAGCUAUCCCCUACUGCAAAACUUAGACCUCUCAUUCAACAAAAUCAAUGACAUCGAAGAUGAUGCUAUGGGGCGAUUAGAAAUUCUUGUCACUCUGAACCUAUCGAACAACAACAUAACCUACAUUCCGUCAAGUCUUCCAUCCAGUCUAAUCAAUCUUUACUUGCACAACAACGGAAUCACUGACGUGCAACCGACUACCAUUGGACAACUGGUCAAUUUGGAAACACUGAAUUUGUCCGGUAACAAAUUGACAUAUUUGCCCGGAUUGCCAUUACCUCGACUCUUAACACUCAGUCUUCGAUCGUCCGGUCUGCGCGGACUAAGCCAAACUGUUGUGAAAACAUCGCCAAAUCUUAAAGAUCUGUUUUUAGAAAAUAAUCCAAUAAAAUGCACCGAACUGCUUGGCAUCGCCGAAUGGGCAUCACCGUGCCGAAAUGAAAAACUUUUCGACACAUUUGAUGGUAAAACGAAUGACGAUGAGACGACCGUGUUGAGCAUACUGUCAACACUCAAUAAAUCACAAAGAUGCCGAAAAAGUGUCAGAAAAACGAUUUCGGAGAGUGAAAAACCAGUCUGUCCCACGGAAAAAUUAAUUAUUUCCUCUCGCUUAACAAAUGAACUCAAAACGAAUGAAAGCAAGCAGCAGAAUAACGUGACAACGAGUAUUCCAGCAAAAAUACCAACAACAACAACGACGACCAAUCGACAAGAUUUAUGGAAUGUAAAGGAUGGCAAUGGUGAUGGCGGAAAGUUUUUACAGUUUAAUCAAUUUGAUUAUAAUAAAACAACUCAAUCAACAUCAAAAGAUGAGAAUUUAAAUCGUAAAUUAGAUGAUAAUGGCAAUGGAAAAAUGGUAAAUAAAUCAAUGUUUGCAGUUGAUGUAAAUGAUGUGUCGCUGAACGAACGGGUGGCAAUAAAAAGUGGUGGCAACAUCGUAAAUUCGAUGGGUAAAAUGCGGAUGGGGGAAAGUGGUAUUGAUGUUGAUGUUGUGCCAAAUGGGAAAACGAUGAACAGUGUAGAUAUGGUGGAAACCACAACAACUUAUGAUGCCAACUUGAUAGCAACGACCGGUUUCGGGUAUAUGAGAGAUGCGAAAAAAUCAAGAUCGAACGAAAAAUUGGCAAAACGAAAGAAAAAUAUGGAGAAAGUACCACAUAAAAACGGUGACAUUGUGCCAAUGCUGCAGAAAUAUUUUCGAAAUAAUGAAACGAAGACUGUAGAAACACCACCACCACCACCGCCGGCGGUGCUGCACGAUUUACAUAACUUUGUAAACCAGACGAACAUUGACAAUAAAAAUAGUUUGAAAGACAAAAUAAUUUCGUUUGAAACGUUCAAUGGUAAUCGCAGUCGCGCAGUUGAACAGUUACAAACUGAAAACAACCACCAGCGCAUUAUGAAUGAUGGUCUUGCUACUGUUACUACUGCUGAUGACGUAGUUUCAUUAAAUGAAAAUGACAAUUUCGUAACAGCGACAACAAAAACGACAUUUGUCCAGCAACAUGAUAAUGGAAAUAGACAUGUGGACGAUUCAGCAACAGUAAAACGAAUGAACAAAGGAACGAAGAAAAAAUUGAAACAAUUACGAUUUAGUGAAUCUCGAAUUACAUCUCAUCAAAAUGAUAAAUUAAAUCCAGAAAUGGAUGUCUAUUUAAACGAUGAAGAAGCAAAACCGCAAAAAGUUAAGGAAAUGAAUGGCAAAGUGGAUGAUAAGAAUGAAAAACUCAGUGCUAGCUACGGCAAUGAUAAAUUAGACAAUUUACCAGAUAGUUUAGCACAAAUGAUGACAGGGCAAAAAGACAACAAUAUAUUAACUCAAACAGGUUUUGUUAAACAGAGUGUAGUGGUUGCUUUGACACCCCAAAAUAAACAACACGUCGACAAUGAAGGCAAUGACAAUGAUGCUAACGACAAACAGCAGCUACAGAAAAUGUUGCCACAUCACAAUCCACAACAACAACAACAAAACGAAAAGCAUCAGCAGCAAAAUCGGUACGGCAAUAAUAAAAAAGAGAAAAUAAAUUGGAAUACAAGCGACCCGAUUAGUUACAAGAACAAUGAAAAUACAAAUAAUUCGCAACGAAUGGAAAUGGUGAACGACGAGCAUGGAGAUGUAGCCAAGCAAAGAGAAUAUCGGGUCGACCAAACGAAUAAAUAUAAAACCACUGCAACCGAGUUGACACAGGAAAGUCCAAUAAAGGCGAAUCAAAGUGUCCGAAAUAGAAUGGAAAACACUGUCCAACAUCAUUACAUAAAUGUACCGAAACAAAGCAGCCAAGAGCAUAUAGUGGGUAUAGAGGAGAAAACGACCAACCCGAACCCCAUCAAUAUCAUGCCGUACAAGCAACUCAAUGACCAUUAUGAUGGCAAUAUUAAUUUUCCAAGCAAAGGUCCCACUACACCGAACGCAAAUAAUAAUGGAAAGAUAAAAGGGAUGGCAGACGUUCCAAUUACAGUACUGAAGAACCGAGAACACUUCAAUAAAACUAUCAACAAUGCGGAAAACUUAAAUAAUCACAAGACAAAACAACCACCAGCAGCAGCAGCAGUAGCAGGAGCCUCUUCCCUCGCCGACAUUGUUAAUGAUAGUGUACGUAACCGAAUAGAAAAUGUGGAACAGCAUCAGCAAAAUAUGAAAAUUAAAAUAAAUUCUCAUAAUGUUGGCAGACAAGAUAACGACAAAGAGAACGAGAAAAUGGAAAGUAAUAAAAUGGAUGUACAACAAUGUACGAAUUCCGGCAACGGAAAAUGUGAAAAUGAUAUUUAUGUGGCUGAAAAUUCAUUAGAUGCUGUGAGCAAAUUAAAAAAUAAAGUUUUGACAUCAAGGUCUGAACCGAUGGUUCAGGAUACGAUGGCAACCGUUCUAAAGAAAUCCGACACACAAUUUAAUAUGCAACGUAAAUCCACCAAAAACUCUACCAUUGAACCAUCGCAUCUAACGAUGCCAUCGAAUACAACAACAAUAAGCGAUGAAUACACAAUCAGUAAUACAAGCACAUCGAGUGGUUUACCCGAACAAUGGAACGAUGUUCGAAAUUCGGUUGGCCAUCCCGGAUUAUUUAUUGUGAUUGGUGUCACCAUCGGCAUGAUAAUAUCGCUUGCACUUAUUCACAUUUAUCGGUGUCGUAAACCAUGGCAUCGGCAAAAUUUGCAUGACGAUGAUCAAGAACAAUAUACGCCAGCCCAUCAUGACUUACUUCCGAUGGAAAUUUUAAAUUCAUCCCAUUUGCACUAUUCAGAUUCACCAAUCGGUCUUUGGUGACAUAAAAAUUCUUCAACUUCAUACAGUGUGUUCGAGUAGGAGUAUUUGUAUCGGCGGCACACACAAUUUUCAAAUGAUUUUUUUUGUCGUUAGCAAAUAGAGAGAAAGAUCCAAAAUUAUUGUGGUUCGACUUACUGGACUGCAAUGUUGAAGUGAAGGUAGUGACGAUGGCAAGCAAAUAAUUUGUAGAAUCCUCUCAAAAUGGCGAUUGAGAAUUGGAACAGAAGUGAACGACUGGUGGAAGUUCAAAGGCGCGUCGAUAGGGAUGUGAUCAACCACCAUUUUGAGAGAAUUCGUCGUUCUAUUUCACCUUGCCGUUUGAUUCUAUCUUUUUUUGGGAUGCAGUAAGUCGAACAAUUUUAAUUAUCUUUUUAGACUCGCGCUAUCUUUUACAAGCAUAUAAUUGAAGAGAGUCUACCAUAGAGUGUACAAUGUUUUAAAACAAAAUUGUGUAAAUCGGAGCCCAGCAAGAAUUGUUUGUGUCAUUUGCUAUUUGCCAUACAAAUCUUUUUGGCACUAGAAGUAGAAAUUGAUCGACCAAGCAUUACGCUAAAUUGCUUUCAAGUUUUAUAAAAUUUAAUUUAGCUCCGAUUUCAAUAAAAAUGUGCAAUUAGCUUAGAAAAUUGCGGUGAUGCGAGUCAAGAACGCAUUGUAUUUUUAAUCUUUAUGGUAGUCCCUCGCACUACAUAACCUCACAAUUGAAUUGGUUCCGAUUAACGCAAUAAAAUUAGUUGAUAAUCGGAACUAGCUACAAAACACGGCUACUCAUCAUUGGAGAAAUUUGAGGUCCAGUUUUUGCGAAAACGUUGAGCUGACUCGGAAGCCUUUUUUCACGAGUAAAGUUCUUUAAAAAUUAAAAUUUUGCAUUUUCCUCAAUUUUAUGGAAUUUUUAAGAAUUUAAUUAAGCAAAGCCUUACCAAUGUGAUGAAAGAGACUUCCAAGUCAUCGUGUACAAAAAUGGUUUGUAUGCGUUUCAUGCAAUUUAAGUUGUAACUAUUUGACAUAGUUACCCAAGACUUGAAUUGAAUUGAAAUUAUUUAAAAUUCUCGAAGAUUCCUCGGCGAUGACGUGGAUCAGCAACAUCAAUAAAAAAUUGGACUUUUCAAACUUUUAUCACUAGUUAUGUAAAUCAAUACAUAUAUUGUACGUACAGCCGUAGUCACCGCGCGCACAUGCGUUUUUUCGCUGAAUUAUUCGUAAAAACAUGUGACUCCUAGACUCAAGGCAAAACGGUAUGCUUCUUUACCAACUAUACGAUUUUUAAGGGUGAUAUCGAUUAAAAUGGCAUGGUCAAGGAUCUAAUGUAACGAAUAUUUGAUUG